AUGUCGGCAUACCUGAAAAGCUGCAACCCGUUUGACGACGAUGACGCUGAAGAUGAGGGUGCCCGGUAGGUCCCAUGGCGGGAGAACCGUGACCUCGCCGACGGGCCCAAGGAUCGGCAGCAGUACCUGAGGCAGGAGGUGCUUCACAGGGCCGAGGCCAUGGCCGCCAGCACCAAUAGGUCGCUGUCCCUCAUGUACGAGUCCAAAAAGGUCGGGGUCGCCUCCUCUGAGAAACUUGUACCUCAGCGAGGAGUCUUAGAACGCACAGAGAAGAUGGUGGACAAAAUGGAUCAGGAUCUGAAGACCAGCCAGCGGCACAUCAACAGCAUCAAGAGUGUGUUUGGGGGCCUUGUCAAUUACUUCAAAUCCAAGCCAGCAGAGACGCCCCCGGAACAGAACGGCACCGUCACACCCCAGCCCAGCAGCAGAUUGAAAGAAGCUAUCAGUACAAGUAAAGAACAGGAGGCGAAGUACCAGGACAGCCACCCAAACCUCAGGAAGCUGGACGAUCUCGACUCCAGCCCUGGAGGGGCCGACUCUGUGAGCAGCGCUGAUGCUUACCCCAAGAACGCACACCUGCGCGCUUAUCACCAAAAGAUCGACAGCAACCUGGAGCUGUCCGUGGGACUGGGCCGCCUGAAGAACAUAGCCCUGGGGAUGCAGACAGAAAUUGAGGCGCAAGACAACAUUCUUGACCGGCUGACCACCACAGUGGACAAGUUAGACCUUAAUAUAAAAAGCACAGAAAAGAAAGUUCGACAGCUCUAAAGAACUGAAAAGGACCUCUGUCCCUUGGUGAGGAAGAGACUUCAACAGAUUUUUAAAAACUCCCAAGAAAUCUCA